GGCUGGGGCGGCCCGGAGUCUUCGGCUCGCUCUGUCAGUGCUUGCAGCCCCGCGGCGGCGGUGGCGGCAGCUUUGGCAGCACCACCAUGUUUCUUCACUCGGUCAACCUCUGGAACCUGGCGUUUUAUGUCUUUAUGGUCUUUAUGGCGACCCUGGGGCUGUGGGAUGUCUUCUUCGGUUUCGAGGAGAACAGAUGCAGUAUGAGCUACAUGUUUGAGUACCCCGAGUAUCAGAAAAUAGAACUUCCAAAGAAAUUGGCAAAACGCUAUCCAGCAUAUGAGUUAUAUCUUUAUGGAGAAGGAUCCUAUGCUGAAGAACACAAAAUUCUCCCUUUGACAGGAAUUCCAGUUCUCUUUCUUCCUGGUAAUGCUGGAAGUUACAAGCAAGUUCGUUCUAUUGGCUCUAUUGCACUUAGAAAAGCAGAAGACAUUGACUUUAAGUACCACUUUGACUUCUUUAGUGUGAAUUUCAAUGAAGAACUGGUGGCAUUGUAUGGGGGAAGUCUUCAGAAGCAGACCAAGUUUGUGCAUGAAUGUAUUAAAACAAUUCUCAAACUUUACAAGGGUCAAGAAUUUGCUCCAAAAAGUGUGGCAAUAAUUGGUCAUUCUAUGGGUGGACUUGUUGCAAGAGCAUUACUUACUCUGAAAAAUUUUAAACAAGAUCUGAUAAAUCUUCUCAUUACACAAGCCACACCUCAUGUUGCUCCUGUUAUGCCAUUAGAUCGUUUCAUUACAGAUUUUUAUAUGACUGUAAACAACUAUUGGAUUUUAAAUGCUCGACAUAUAAACUUGACCACACUUUCUGUUGCUGGAGGAUUCCGGGAUUACCAAGUUCGUUCAGGACUGACUUUUCUACCAAAAUUAAGCCAUCAUACCAGUGCCUUAUCUGUUGUGAGUUCAGCAGUGCCUAAGACCUGGGUCUCAACAGACCACCUCUCUAUUGUGUGGUGUAAACAAUUGCAGUUGACUACAAUUCGAGCCUUCUUUGAUCUUAUUGAUGCCGAUACUAAACAAAUUACUCAAAAUUCCAAGAAGAAAUUGUCAGUUUUGAAUCACCACUUUAUAAGGCAUCCUGCAAAACAUUUUGAGGAAAAUCCAUCAAUAAUUUCUGAUUUAACAGGGACAUCCAUGUGGGUUCCAGUAAAAGUGUCCAGAUGGACCUAUGUGGCUUACAAUGAAUCUGAUAAGAUAUAUUUUACAUUUCCUCUUGCAAAUCAUAGAAAAAUCUACACUCAUGUCUACUGUCAGAGCACCAUGCUGGAUACAAACAGUUGGAUAUUUGGCUGCAUAAACAGCACUUCUAUGUGCCGGCAAGGAGUUGAUUUAUCAUGGAAAGCUGAACUUCUGCCAACAAUUAAGUCUCUGACGUUAAGACUUCAAGACUAUCCAUCUUUGUCUCAUCUUGUUGUUUAUGUACCAUCUAUUCAUGGAAGUAAGUUUGUUGUAGAUUGUGAAUUCUUUAAAAAAGAGACAAGAUCCAUACAGCUUCCUGUAACUCAUCUUUUUUCCUUUGGACUAUCUUCAAGGAAAGUGGUAUUAAAUACAAGUGGCCUAUACUAUAAUAUAGAGCUUCUGAACUUUGGACAGAUAUACCAAGCUUUUAAAAUCAACGUGGUAAGCAAGUGCUCAGGAGUCAGAGAAGAAAUAACUAGUAUCUAUAAACUUCAUAUUCCCUGGUCUUAUGAAGAUUCACUAACCAUUGCACAGGUUCCAUCUAACACAGAAAUUUCUCUGAAACUUCAUAUUGCUCAACCAGAAAAUGACAGCCAUGUGGCAUUGUUAAAAAUGUACACAUCAUCAGAUUGCCAGUAUGAGGUGACAGUUAAGACAUCCUUUUCACAAAUACUUGGACAGGUAGUUAGAUUUCAUGGUGGAGCUCUUCCUGCUUAUGUUAUAUCUAGUAUCCUUCUUGCUUAUGGAGGACAGUUAUACUCUCUUUUCUCAACAGGUUAUUGCUUAGAAUAUGCUAUCAUAUUGGAUAAAGAAGCCAAACCAUAUAAAGUUGAUCCUUUCGUAAUUAUGAUUAAGUUUCUUUUGGGGUAUAAAUGGUUUAAGGAAUUAUGGGACUUAUUAUUGUUACCAGAAUUAGAUGCCAUUGUUUUAACUAGUCAGAGUAUGUGUUUCCCCCUUGUAUCCUUGAUUCUCUUUCUAUUUGGAACAUGUACUGCCUACUGGAGUGGCCUACUAUCUUCUGCAUCUGUGAGACUCCUUUCCUCAUUAUGGCUAACUUUGAAAAGACCCUCUGAACUUCCUAAAGAUAUCAAGAUGAUAUCACCAGACUUACCUUUUUUGACAGUUGUUUUGAUCAUAAUUAGUUGGACAACUUGUGGAGCACUUGCCAUACUUCUUUCUUAUCUUUACUACGUAUUUAAGAUUGUUCAUCUGCAAGCCAGCCUCACAACUUUUAAAAAUAGCCAGCCCGUGAAUCCCAAACACUCUAGAAGAAGUGAAAAAAAAUCCAAUCACCAUAAAGACUCUGCAGUACACCAUCUUCGUUUAUCUGCCAGUGAUGCUGAAGACAGUCUUCGCAUGCACAGUACUGUGAUUAACUUAUUAACAUGGAUCGUAUUACUCAGCAUGCCAUCUUUAAUUUAUUGGUUAAAAAAUCUUAGGUAUUAUUUUAAACUUAAUCCUGAUCCAUGUAAACCUUUGGCAUUUAUCCUUAUUCCAACUAUGGCAGUUCUUGGAAAUACUUACACAGUUUCAAUAAAAUCAAGUAAAUUGUUGAAGACUGCCUCACAAUUUCCACUUCCUCUGGCUGUUGGUGUGAUUGCUUUUGGGUCAGCACACUUAUACAGGGUUCCAUGCUUUGUCUUCAUACCUCUCUUACUCCAUGCAUUAUGCAACUUUAUGUAAGACUGGACUUACAUGAUGAUAAAGAUGAUUUAUGCCUUUAGGGCCAGUAAUAAGAGUGAACAUACAGAUCCACCAAUAUGGGCAGCAAGAUCCUUUGGAGAAGACAAGUCUAUUUUUACAGUAUUGAAAAUAGGAAAUUAGUUUUGUAAUGCUUGAGGAAAACAGAUGAAGCAUGGUUUUGUUUUGUGGUGUGGCAUCUAGGUAUUAGUCAUUUUGCAAAAUUAGUGGAGAAAUAUGAUGGCCCCUGGCUUUGAGGACUCCUGUGCAUAUCACCUAGUCUACUUCAUCAGCCAUACCAAGGAUCUUUUUCUAGAGACUCAGUAGAUGCAACAUUGUUUGUAGUCUCACAUCAAACAUUUUGCUUGUUUCAUCAAGCUUUCUUCUGUAGGUUGUUUUAUAUUUGCUAUCUGUUUUCUAUUUUCAAUAUGUAAUCUUACAUAUUAAAAAAGAAGUCCUAAAAAUUUGACCAAAAAAAAAAAAUGAAAGAAAGAAAAGACUGACAAAAUCCACUCUGUUUGGUUUCUCAGAAGUUAAAUUACCACAAAGAGUCUUUGGUUGGUUUUCGGCAGCCAGGGUGAACAGAAUAGACCUUUUGUCUUCUUACAUCUAUGGAAAUAAAGCUUUGAAUUAUAAGGAGACCUGCUUUUUGGUAACCAGAGCAAGAAUGAUGAUGGAAACAUGAUUCAGACUCAAAACAAUGAAAUUCUGUUAUCAUAUAUUCUUGGUGAAUAUCAGGGCAUCAUUUAAGAAAUCUGUUGUUAAAUUUAAAGAACAUUCUCACAGAUAUUGGGAUUGGAGUAGUUUGUUUGGUUUAUACCAUUUGAUUGAUUCAUUGCACCCAUGGUUGCAAAAAGGUUUUCAGGCUAUGAUAGAUUAUUGAAAUAACAACUCCAGUGGUCAUAAACAACUAUAGGUUUGCACCAUUUUUUGUCUACUGUGAAAAAAAAUCAACAUGAUCACAAGUGUAGUAGCACAUUUGAUGUGUGAAACUAUACUGUAAUGGGAUAACAGUAAACAGGUAUUAUCAUAUUAAUAGCAUAAAUAUAAACAGUACACCUCAAUAAAUUGGGAUGUUAGCCAAUAGAUUUAACAGUAGAAUCUUGAUUCGCCUAUGUGACUUCUAGAAUUACUGUUUGACAAAUAAGAGUAACGUUUCUAUUUCAUUGCAAAUUUCGAUUCACUCUAAUAACAAGAGUUUGAAGAAGGUGAUGGAGCAUAGUACAAGAAAAUAGUACUCUUUGCCUUCACAUAGAAUAAACUCAGGCUGAAGUAUACCUGGCUCAUAGAGCCCUUCUUUUAGAUGUGUGUGCUAUAAAUACUCCAAACCUCUUAAGUAAUGUCCUUAAGUUUGGUGAUUCCAUGGUCACACAUGUAAAAUUGUGUCCUUGUUAGUACCCUGGGACGUCCUAGAGAAUCAGUUUUAUUUCAUCUGCCAUUGUAUCUGGAUUCCAUUGCAACCUCUAAGCUGUUAAUUCUAUAGAGGGUCCCUUCCACUUUAAUAACUGUGGGGCAUUAACUCAUUUCCCUUCUUAAUUUCUCUUCAGGUCCUUGUUUUUAGCAUUAGUCAGAGAAGGUCUUAUUCUCACCUGAGGGUUGUAAGUUUGCAUGAUUCCGUUGUUGUCAUUUUCAAUUUUAUGCUUAUUGUUCAAUAUUCAUAUUAUCACUUACCAACACCAUUAAAGUGGAGGCAUAGUAAACUUAGAGACAUACCAGACUUUUAUUUGUUUGAGAGAAAUAGCAAAAAUAAUAAACCACAAAAUGCUUGAAUGUUCGAUACCUGAGAGGAAAGAGAUUUUUAUUAGAUUAUACACUUGUCUUUGUGGCAAACCACAUAUAUAUGUGGGAGUGUAGUUACCAACAAGUUCUAAAGUCUUACUUAAGCCAACAAAAUAUUUCAUUUUAAGGACUACAAAAUUAAUUAAAUAUUUUAUAAACAGUAGUACUUUAGGUCAUUAGCCAUUAUAUUUGUAUGUAUACAAAUAUACAUACAUAUACACAUUUUUGACAGGGUCUUCAUCAAGCACUUUAAAUUCAGGUAGCUACCAGAAGUGAGAGGUAGGUUCCAUCUGAGGAUUAGCAAAAUGGAUUAUUUCUAUCAUUAGGAAAACUCCUUGGCCUUUAAAUUACACACUGUGGGAAACAUGCUUACAAUCUUUAUUAUCCUACAAAACAGCACAGAUCUACUAGCAGAGUUACUGAAAAGGAAAUUAUUUAUUGGCAGCAAGAGAUAAUCUAGUUCUGCAAAUUUCUGUGUUCUGCUCCUAAGGCAUUUUUAUUUAGAAAAUUAUCAAGUUUUGAGCAAACAUUUUUGCAUAUAAAAUAAUUCCUAGACAUUGUUGUUGAUACUAGAUUGGUUAUAGAUUGGACAGGGAAAAACAUUGGAUACUUUCAGUGUUUCUAAAGCCUUCCCUGGAGUUGCUGCUGUUAUAAUCUAGAACUGAUAAUAUGAUAGAAAUCAUUAACAUGGUGUUUGGUAGUGGGGGUAGGUCCCUGGGAUCCAGCCCAGGCCCUCUCACGUGCUAAGAACACACUCUACCACUGAGGUAUACCAUCAGCACCUGUUAAACUUUUUUAUUUCUGAAUCAUUUUCAUGCCAGAGUUAAAUUAGGUUCUUAUUUUCUUCAUUUUUGCCAGAAUGAAAAUAUUUAAAGCAGUGGUUUUUAAAAAGCCACUAUGCCUUUUUUUUUUAAUAGUUUCCUUUUUAACAGAAGCUGUUUAUUUUUAUUUUUUUUUAUUUUUAUUGUUGGUUCAAAAUAUUACGUAGUUCUUGAUAUAUCAUAUUUGCCACUAUGCCUUUUUUAACAUUGAUUUUGAAUCCCUUUCAUAUACAUUAAUAAUACAUUGAUUAAUCUUUUAAUAUUUUGGUCAGAUAAACUCAGAUGUGUAUGAUGGAAUUCCUUUUCUUGGAUGAACUAACUAUACUAAUAUCCACAUGAUAAUUUAGUAAAGAAAAAUAAGGAACUAUAGUAGGUAGGCCUACUAAAUGUUUGUUACUGCUUAUUUCAUCACUCGUUUAGACACUACUUGUUAUAAAGUAAGUUGUUUUUUUCAUUUUCUAGUUCCUAUAGCUUCCUUGACUCUCCAGCCUUCUCAUUUAUAGCAUAAUGCGUUCAUUUAACCUGACUACCUGUUAGCAUUUCUUAAAGAAAGUGGUCAAGGGAAAUAAAAGGAAGUAAAAGGAAAAAACACACCUUUCAAUGUAGCUUUUUAAAGCUCUGGGAAAAAUAGGGAAACAUAAAUAAAAAUCUGAUUCCUGAAUCUCUAGAUAAAUCACUUGGCCUAAUUUCCAUCUUACAUUGGUUCUAAAUUAGUGUAAUGUCUUAUAUUAUUAUUUAGUUUAGUGCAAAACCUUAGAGUGCUGCAUUUGAAGUUUUAGGAACUGGUUACUAAAACCAUUUGAGGAAAACCCAAAAAGGUGUUGAGACUUUCUAUGACGAGGCAUUUGUUGAUUAUUUUCAUCAUCACUUUGUGUUUUCUCAGUGUUAUAGGAUUUUUUCAAUUUGUAUACCAUAGGAAAGAAAAUACCUUGUGAAGUUUAUUAAAGGGGAAAAUCAAUUGGGAAAGUAUGCCACUUGCUCACCAGAAUAAAAGGGAGCAAUAAAAGUUAUCUUUCUUUCAGGAAAUUAAACCCUGCCAGGAAAUUUCUUAGCAAAUAAAUGUAAAUGCAGAAGAUACUUUUACAAAAUUAUGUGGAAACUGAACUUUUAUCCCAGUCUUUUUGAACUAAGAACAUUUCAAAUUCUGAAGUUUAUUUAUACACAUUACUCAUGGAUUCUUUCACAAUAAGUUUUAGUAAAUUGAGAAAAUAAGUGUUUACUUUUCAUAAGGACAAUAGGAAAGAAAAUUUGAGUCAGUGAUCCAAGUGCAAAUGUGUGUACUGUGAUUGCUCAAGAAUUCAUAUUGUUUUAAAUAAAUUAUAUUAUGAAUAGGGAAAACUGAAUUUUAUAUCUUAGUUCAAAGAACAGAAAAAAUUUUGGAAAUAGAAUAGACAAACUGUUAUUGCAUUAAUAAUAUAAGUGUGACAGUACACCUAAAUUGUGAACAGCGUUGUUCAAAAGUUAAGUGAUAUUCUAAGAUACAUCUUGAUUAAAUUGUCUUAAGUUAAUGCUUUUUAAAUCAAGUACAGUACUUUCUAAAAGUGUUUGGCAUGUUAUGCUGCUCAAAAUGUAAGAUUUUAGAUACCAGGAAACCAGUUAAUUUCUGAGGAUUUUGCAUAAGAUUCAGAUCAAUCUGUAAACAUUCUGUACAUUGUAACUUUCAACAUUUAUGAAAAACUGUAUCUGUUGGUGUAUUUUAAUUAGGAUAAGUUUGUUCUCAUAUUCAAAUUCUAAUCCUAGUUUAGGAAAUCUAAAAGUAGCCAUUUUUGUAAAGUUCAUAUGCUAUUUUUAAUGUUAUUUUGACUUUUAGUAUUUAUAUAGUAGUAAUGUUAUGAGUAAAAAAGUUUAUAGACAAAGCAUAGCUAUUAACUGUUCAAAAGCCUAAAUGAUAGGCAUAUUUUGUAUUUCAUGUUGCACUUAUUCUGUUUCAUAUUGGACUUUUACAUCCUUUUUUAGAAAGAAAAUACAUUUGAAUUAUUAUUAGCAUCAAAGCUCUGUAUUGAAAACUCUAACUGUAUUCAUCUGGUAAACAUACUUUACCACCAAAGCUAAAUGAAAUUGUAAAAUACCUCUGGAUAUUUGUGCCAAUGAAACUUUCUUAACAUAUUGGGAUUAAAGCAAAAAUAAUCUUUUUCAGUGUUCUUCAUUUAGGACUUAUAAUAAAUGUGUAUAUCAUGAAAAUUCCCAUAUUCUAAUUUUUCUUUGAAAAUACUCAAUUAUGGUACAGUAUGUUAUAUUUUGUAUGAUUUUUUAAUGUUUUGAUUUUAUUUGGUAAAAAUCAGGUCACCCAAUACUGACCUUUCAUCAUUGAUGUAAUCAUUUGAAAUAAUUUUGGUUUUGAUUAAUUUUGUGAUAUAGGACAUUAAUUUUUGUUGUAUAGUUAUGGGUGUCUUAUUUAUGUUAAUUGAAAGUUUGCAAUUUCUUUUGUUUUCUAUAUGUUUCCACUCAUUCCCUUCAUGUGGUCAUAUGGGGAAAUUAUCCACUAGACCCUAGCAAAGUAUAAUGAAAUAAACUUUUUAACAUGUGAAUUUUAAAGGAAAAUAUUAUAAAACAAUCAAAAUGUUAAUGCUAAAGGUUACAUUAAUAUGGUAGUACUUGUGAGAGAAAAGUAGAAAUAUGAUAGGCUCAGAAACUGCUGUUUAUCUACUUGAAAUGUUUUAAUUUCUCAUAUAAAUUUUAAGGACGUUUCAGACCUUCAUAGUGUUUUCCAUCAUUUAAUCACAUUUCUCUGCCCAGUAAUGUUUGUACAGUUUGAAUAAGUAUUGUUGGAAGUAAAGACAUAGCACAGAAAAGCAAAUGUUGAGAUAUUUGGCCUUGAUUUAAUAAUAGUUUAUCCAAUUAUCUAAUGGGGACUGUGGGUGAUAUUAAUGAAAAGACAAUGUACAAAAUCUGAACUUACUAUAUACUGUCCUUUGGAAUGAGUUUGUCCUCUGUGUUGAACAAUUUAUCCUAAAUAGGAGAUGUCUGUAUUUUAACAUAAUCAUGCUUUCUACAUUGUCAAAUAGGUAUUUGAUGUAAAACUGAUAGAAAUAACUUUGUCCUCCUCUGUUGUGGGGGUGGGAAGAAAAUCCAAUUUUUAGUGUGUAUAUAUAUUAGGAAAUUGUAUUAUGUAUUUACAUUUUUAAAAACAUAAAAAUGACUUAAAUAUAUUAUUUUGAAGUGAUUGUAAUACAGUUUCUUAAACUUAAGACUAACUAUAAAUGUAGCAACAUACCCAUGAGAAACCAGACCAAAAUUAAAUAUAUAUCACUGUGACCUUUAACUUGUAGUCAUUUGGAGUAAAAAAGACUGUGCCUUAAAAUGAUAAAGAAAUGCCCUGCAGUUUUAUACCUGUAUAUUUUAUUGUGGGUGGCCUUUUCAAACUGAUCCCAAAUCCUUUUCUUUAAAGUUGGAGAAAAAUUUUAAAAGCUGAUUAGUAGUUCACUUAAUAUUGCAGAACUAUUGUUCUUGAGGCUGCCCUUAAUUUCCAGAGUUCUUGUUUUCAAAUUAAGAUUGACUUAGGCCACAUAGAUGUAGAAAAUUAAGUUUGGCUAAAGUUUUUGUGAAAACAACAACAACAUUAUUUUAGGAGAAGGUCAUGGCACCUAUGAACAUAUAUUGUGCAUGGAAAAACAAAUCUUCAAAAUGUAAUUUUUUUGACAUAUUAAUGAGUAGUCUAACAAAGAUGCAAGCUCUUUCUUAAGACCUGUAUUCAUUUUUCUAUAGAUUGUUGAGGUUUGUGUUUGUAUGUGUCAAAUAAGAUUCAUUUAUCCAAUAAUGGUUUUUAGCAACUAAACUCAGAUUCAUGUAGUAUAUUUUUAACAUUUUUCUGUUUUCUUUUUCCUUCCUACUUAUUUUUAAGAUACCAAGAUAAAACUGGCUCCAGUUUUUAUUUGCUUGUUUUUUUAAUGUAUAGUCUUGUAUCUUUACUGUGCUUAUUUAAAAUAAUGGCACAAUUUCUAUUAAAGUUCUAAUUAUUCCAUUUAUAAGACAGUCAUGUUCUCUGCUAAAAGAUGCCCACAUUUCUGUGUUCUCAGAGUGUGUGUUUUAUUUCUCAAUUUUAGUUUUGAACAUAGACUCAACAUAUUUGUUCCUUCCUAUUUUACCACCACUACCAUCCCUCAAAGACAAGAAGGUAGGUUUCUCUAAAACUAUAUAGAAAGAUGAUAUGUCUUUCCUUCAAGCCUGGUCAAAUUGACAAGAAAAUAGUUUGGGCAAGGGUAUGUAGUAAAUAAGUGGCUUUCAACCUACAUCAAUUUUUAUAUCACAGUUAAAAAUUUUACAUAGGACAAAGUUUGUUGUUCUGAGAUAGACUCAGUAAGAAAUCAUUUAUUAGCAAAUUGAUUUUAUUCUCAUCCAGAAAGUUCAUUGCAUAAUAACAGUACUUAAUAGUGCAAAGCAACUUGUCCUGUAGUAUAUAUAUUGAAAAAUUAUUGUCACCUCGAGGAUCUUUCCAUUUAAACAUGCAUGAUCUUCUCCAGUACUUUGUACAAUGUAUGGUGUACUAAAUACACUUAUGUGUAAUUUUGUGUGUAUUUUUGGUAUGAUGUAAUUAAUAUUGUUACAUUUAACUGGUUGUAAUUCAGAAAAAGUGCUACUUAUUGUGCUUCAUAGAGUGUUGUGAAUUUUUUUUCCUUAUGUUUCCACAUUAUGGUGUAAGUUUAUAGAUGAAUAUUUGCCUUCAGUCUCUGCUCAGGUAUUAAUGUGUAGCAAUUUUGGUGCUUUCUUUUUAAUGUCAUAAUCUGGUGUUCUGAAUGUUCAAAAAUAAAUUUGGUGAAUAAGCA